AUGGAAGUGGUCCAAUUAAAUAACGAGGCCCUUUAUUCUGACUUUUCACGGCAAAAACACGCGAAUGCCACAUCGUACCAUGCCAACGUCGAGUGGUGGCGGAAGGCACUCGAGGCGCUCGUGGCGUCUGGGUUGCAGCAACUACCUCCUCAUAGUGUUGUGAAAUCAGGAGAGUCGUCAACGAAUAGCGAUCGGCUGGUCCUACAUGCUGGAAGAGAGCUGGUCGAGCGUGUCAAGAUACCCAAAGUUGGGAAACCAUUGGCGCUGGGCUCCGUACUCUCUGAACUGCGCAGCACCAAGUCCGCUUUGCCCUUAUCAGAAUUUAUGAACGCCAAAACGUCGAUAUACGACCCCGGCUGGCUGCCUGGACGCAUUGCUGCAUUCGUCGUCGGAAAGCCCCUUUGGUGGGCUCUAGAGCAGAUGGGCAUUGUCGGCGAAGAGGGCUUGCUCGGUGGUGGCGCUGAGACACGUCGCGACCACCAACGGGAUACGGGGUGGUGGGGUGACUAUGCGUUGGUGCCGCUACUGGAUGCAGCUGGUGACGAGGUGGUGGAGAGGCAGAGGGCUGGCAUGGUCAGUGCUGGCGAUGCACUGUAUACCGUGGACAGUUUCCGGACAGCAUUUGCUGGUGUUGUUGGAGAAGAAAAUGCUGCUCCUCUCAGAGAGCUGGAUGCAAAUGUUCUCCUUCGGUAUCUCGAACGAGAUAAAGGAGUCAUCGUCGUGGACAAGGAGAUCAUCAAAUUUGUCGAUGCGUCUGCGUCGCUAGACGGACGGACCAUCACAGCUGUUGACAGAGGCAUUGUUGAGCUGAAGAGCGCCGUCCACAACCUCCAGGCGCAGGUGGACUCAUUGCAGAACAAGAUCGAUGAGUGUACGAAGAAAGCUUCUGCUGCACUACAACGGAAACAAAAACCUGUCGCCCUAAAUUACAUUCGAUCUCGCAAGCAGCUCGAAGACCUCUUGCAGAAGCGCCUUGGGUCGCUAAGUACUUUGCAGUCGACCUUCAUGACUGUGGAAGCUGCAGCUGGAGACGUCGAUAUUAUGAAGAGUUACGAAUCUUCGGCGGCCACCCUCCGCGCCAUCCUCGCACACCCGUCUCUACAGCGCGAGAGCAUUGACAAGACGAUGGAGGCGCUCGCAGAAGCAAAUGCAGAUGCCAAGGAGAUCGACGAUGCAGUCCACAUUAGUGCAGACGUUGCGCUUGGUCUGGAAGAAUCCAUUGACGAUGCCGAGCUCGAAGAGGAGUGGAAGGCUCUUGUACGUGAGGCUGAGGCGGACGAGAGAGCCAAAGCGACCGAAGAUACUGAGCGCAAGCUGGCCGAGGCCGGGAAGAUUCCGAAUGGAAUAGCUGUCAAUGGGAAGGAUGAAACAAGAAAGGAGCCUGCCAGGCUGACUGCUGCAACAUGA